CCCAAACUUCCCAAGCCCCCGAAACAUAGAGAGGCCCUUAAGAUACCACCCCCACAAGGCCAGACCGGCCGCUCCCACCCCAAGCAUGGAAAGCUACUUGGCGUAUCGCCCCCGCAAGGCCGGACCAGCCGCUCAACCCCCAAGCAUGGAAAGCUACUUGACGUACCGCCCCCGAAAGGUCGGACGCGCAGCUCGACCACCGCCUCGCGCCUAAGCCAAGCCUCGAUGCCCGCCCACCCCCUCUUCCGCAACGACUCCACCUCCGCCUCGGCCAACCCCUUCGCGGGCUCGAAGGGGCUGAUCUCGGAGCUCGAGGGCGUGAUGCGGGUCAUCGACGCGCCCGCCCUCCCGUUUGCUCUCCCGCAUCAAGAACCGGGCUCGCGCACCAUUCCUGCGGUGUCGAUCACGCAUAAUGUGCGGAAACCAGUAGAUAGCGGCCGUGAUCCUAGCGGUGGAGGAGACGUGAAGAUGAAUGGUGGUUUGAGUGGCGGAUAUGGAGGCGGGAGAGCAGACACCACCGCCCUCGGCCUCGCGCGCUCGCUGCACAAAGCGCUAGGCUUGCUGGAGAAGUUCCGCAUUGCAUACGGCCACGGCGAUGCGAGCAAGAGUGCGCAGACGAUAUGGGACGACUGGAAGAAGAUCGUGGUUGCUUCCUCGGGAAUCGGGGAGCAGACGCUGCAGCUGCGGGAGGAGGUGAAGGCUGAACGGCCGAGAGGGGGGUCGAUGUUGUUCCCGUGUCUGGUAGCGGCGGCGGAGAAGUUGAGGGGGGUGAAGCCGGCGAUGUCGGUGUGGUUUGAGGAGACGAAGAAGGGGCAUCGGAAGAACGGCAAGCUGGAUUGUGUCAAGCUGGAGGAGAUUGAGGGGUGCAUGGGGGCGUUGGUGGAGGUGGCGCGGGGGGAGGUGAGGGCGGCGGAGGAGAGGGUGAGGAGGGAGUGGGAUGAGUUUUGGUAGAGUUCUUAGAGGACGGAUGGUAGACUUCCUAGACAUCAAAGUCUUCUUCUGCGACUUCGUUGCUUUGCUCUGAGGGAUCGCCUGCUUCUGAUGCUGGCUUCGCCUCACGGCCGAUAUCAAGGAUCACUAUAGUCCCCCCCUUGACGAUACCUUGCCCGUCGACGUUGAGAAAGGGGCCACCAAGCGAAAAAUAAAUACAUAGCCGAGAAUAGAAAUGAUGAAGAGUACGAUAUAGGAUAUUAAGAAACAUGGAAAGAAGAGCAGUGGGAGAAGAGCGGCAUUUCGGCCUGC